AUGGUUAUGAAAGAGCAAUAUGGCUACAUGCUUGCUUUACAUCGAUCAGACAAGAGUAUAUCCGCUGCAUUACAGGCAGUGAGACAGACGGCUACAUUACAUGAUUGUAGUUAUUACGGGAUCAUUGAGCUUUUUGGUCUACCUCAAGUCAUCUUAGAGGCUUUGCAGUUGAUCUCAGACCCCAAUGGAUCAGACUUUCAUGGUCAAAAGUUCUUGGCCGGAGCGGAAGAAGGUAUGAGCAUGCUGCACCAUGUUGGGCAGUUCCCUAAGGGUACAAUUGCCCCCGUGACAUUUAUGUGGAGACCAUUGAAAAAAGAUUAUGAAACUGGGGUAUUUCAAUUGCACGACGAUUGGCAAAAUACGAAGAGGCAGCUUUGGCUCUGGGUGCAUCCUGCAGCAUAUAUGGAGGCGGCAACGGCCAUUGCAGCAGCUUGUCACGAGGUUUUUGAGAGUGAAAAAGACAGAGUUGAAAUGCACGAUCGACGUGGACAAUUAUGUCGCUUUAAGUUGCGAGGACGAUUGGCCAACGAACUUACAGCAAAUCUUCUUGCUGGAGAUGUAGAAGCUGAUAACACUGAAGCGGACGAUUGUGAUUCGGAUCAUGAAGACGGUUACGACGCGAAGGAGACAGUAGCCAAUUGCAGCAGUAUCAACCGGCGUAGCUUGCUACGUGCUCUUGGUAAGUCUAGCAAAACAAUGAAGAGAAAAGAGACAAUUGAGCACACGAAUAAAGUUUAUGCUGUUGCAUCAAAAGAUCCGCGUCUUGCUCAUUUUCGAGAUGAUAAAUUGAAAUAUGUAUCUUCUCGUAUGGACCCAAAUUUAUCGCUCCUUAAAGAACCACCCGCUGGAGCCGUGGCGGAGGCUGGUACGGAUGUGAUUAAAAGUCCAUUGAGUGCAUUGAGUCUUUCAUCUCUCGCUAAAGAUGCAGAUGAACCAGAGACACAAGUAAUACUCGAAGAGGUGCAGUCCUUACUGGCCUGGACGACCAACGUUUCAGAUUCGAUUGUUAAUUUUGGAUCUUUAGUGACUAGUACACAAGAAGAUAAGGAUGAAGUUGAGACAGUUGACAGCAUUCCAGAAGAAUCCCCGUGCUCAAUGUUGUGGUCAUUGUCCAAGAGACAUAAACUAAAAAGCAUUUUUAGAAAAGAUCACACUUUAAAUGACGCGAUAUUCUGUCAGCGGAAAGACGGUAAUGGUAGAGAUGGUAUUUUUGUGAGCUCAGCACCUCUCCAUCUUUUGGCAGUCAAGAAUGUAUUAAAGGCGUUAGUCUUUGGUGGAGCUUUGGUUGUCGGAAUUGAAGAAGACUCUGCUCAAUCGACGGUUUUACUUCAGCCAAGUUUUCCGCACGAUUAUCCGGACACUCAAGCUGGAAAAGCAAUUUGGGAUUCUCGUGCGCGAAACCUUGAAACUUUCGAGAUGAAAAAGCCCAAAGCAAAGCGUUUUAAUUACGAAAAGCACGGUGUCAAGUCACCGUAUCAACCACUGUGGGAGCUGCUCUUUGAAGAGGAUAAAAUUACACAGGUACCAUGUGUGCUUCGUGGACGAGAUUACAUGAAGCCAUUCUGCUUCUAUCGUGUUACUUCAGAGAAUUUGACAGAUGUGAUAUCUUCGGAGCUAACUAUUGAGUCCGUAUUGCCUGUUCCAAUGCCAACCCUUGUUCGCGUUUCAAUUUUUAUUCCAAGACGAGGCAACAUCAAUAUCAAUGCCAUGCUCUUAACACCGUCAGCAGAAGACAUGACUCAAUUUUGCAACGACAAGAUGUGGAUGGGCUACGAUAUUGUGUCGGACACGAAAAAUAGCAAAGAUUCUACAAAAAUUGAGCGUUCUCUGAUAGGUUUCGUGACUUCAGCAGUCUAUGAUCGACCGAAAGGCGCGACUCGGGCCAUUGGAUUCAUCGCAUGUGAACCCCUUCAGCGCCUAGUUAUCGCGAGCCAGCAUUACAAGUUUGGAAGGCAAGGUCACUACGCUCUUGCCAUGCUUCAAUCUCCGCAAGCCCGAAUGAUUCGUCCGGUAUUUAUUCAAGCUGAGCCUUAA